AUGCCCACAUCCCCAUUCCUCUUCACUUACCCACCUUCUUCCUCCUCCUUAGUCCUCACCCGGAUUGUAGUGGGUGCUAAUUUGUUGGGUUUGAGUGAAAGGCCGGUUUUGGCUAAGAAAGCUAGUUUGGUCGCGAGGAAUUUUAUGGAUGCAGUGAGGACAAAGAAAGUGAGGGCUAAUGGGUUUGCUAAGUAUAUGGUGAACGAUAUGGGAAUGGGUGUGGAUGUUGUAGAGGAAAGUGAGGAUGAGAGGUUGCCUAUCUUGCCUAGUGCUACUUUAGGUAAGUAG